AUGAGUAGAAUUGACCGUUUUCUUUUGUCGAGUAAUGUGGUUGAUAGGUGGAAGAUUUCCGGCCAACUUAUUGGAGAUAGAGACAUCUCGGAUCAUUGCCCGAUUUGGUUAAUGAAGGAUAAUUCUAAUUGGGGUCCAAAGCCUUUUAAAUUUAAUAACGAAUGGUUUUCUCUUGGUUCCUUUGUUCCUUGUGUGGAGAAAGAAUGGAAAAGUUUGAAGGUGGAAGGGAGAGGGGAUUUUGUUAUUAAAGAGAAACUUAGGCUUCUAAAAGACAAACUUAGAAGUUGGAAUAAGGAAGUUUUUGGGAAGAUCGAUCUUGAAAUGGAGGAAGGGGUCCGUGAUAUGAAGAAGGCCGAUGAGAGGUUAGUUUCCGGUUUUAAUUCUUUUGAUGAAAACCUCUUUCUUAGAAAGGAAGCUUGUAGUAAAUUUUGGAGGAAUUUGAGAAUUAAGGAGAAUAUGAUUCUUCAAAAGUCUAGAUGUUCUUGGCUUAAAGAGGGAGAUGCUAAUAGUAGUUUUUUUCAUAAGGUUAUGAAACAAAGGAGGAGCCGUAAUCAUAUUGGUCCUAUUCUCUCUUCGGGAGAAAUGAUAGAUUCGGUGGAUGGAGUUAAAGAAGAGGUGUUUAAUCACUUUGAGAAGAAAUUUGUUGAAACGGAGGUGGUGAGACCUUUGUUGGAAGGUAUUCCGUUUAAUUGUAUUAGUAGGGAGGAGGCGAAUGGUCUUGAGAGACCCUUUCUUGAAAGGGAAAUAAAGGAGGCGGUGUGGGAGUGUGGUGGGAAUAAAAGUCCGGGUACGGACGGUUAUUCUUUCCUCUUUUUUAAGAAGUGUUGGCAUUUCAUUAAAGAAGAUUUCAUUCUCUUUUUCAAUUACUUUUUUGGUGGGAAUUCCGUAUCCAAGGCCAUUUACUUCUUCUUUUUUGACUUUAGUCCCGAAAUCCCCUAA